CAACACCAAACCAUUUCUUCUCGUUCAUCCUAACUUGUCUGCUGUGAGAUGCGUCCUUACCUGGGGAUCCUCAGUAUACAUUCACAAGCGUAUCUGCAAUGUACAUGGCUACCUGAUGUCCAAUCCAUUUCGCCGUAGUUCUCUUGCUCAAGGCGCUGGCGGCAGCAAUUCAUCCAACACUUCACCCGGCCCGCGCGGCACCGAGCCCUUGGUUAUAGACACGAAAGUUCGUACCACGGCUCAGAAACAUGUGAACUUUGCCUCUCCUCCUUCGAUAAUCUCUCCCGCCUCGUAUGCCUCCUCGCCCGAAUCGACUCGACAGGAGUUCCCAUCAACUUUCCUCAGUUCACCCCUUCCUGCCCCUACCGACUACCGCCAUGCAUUUGCCAUCGAUCCAUUUGCGGAACAGGGAGGAGAUGGGGAUGAUAGUGCCAUCGAGAAAGCAUUGGAAAAUGCAAGGGCCAACACCGCGAUAGUGGUCGAACCAGUGGCUGCUCCCAAGAUAAACCCUGAUAGUGCUGUGAAGGACACAUUGGCACGCUUCGCCAGCACUCCCAGAGGACCAUCCUCUGUGCAACCACUCGAUACCCGGGUAAAGAAAGAAAACGCCUCGUCUAAAACGACUAUGGACGUGGAUGCCUUCAAGAGGAUGUUGCUUACAGGAAGUGCUACAUCGGGAGAGACCACAGUGCCGAAUCAAACAGUGUCAACUCAAUCUGUAAGUGACAACAGCUCCAGUGCGGACUCGGCUUCGAUCUCACAGCAUUCGCUUUUCGAGACCAUCCCAAACACACGCGAGGAAAGCCCGCGCACGUCGGAAGAGCUGGACACACGGGACAAUGUCGAACACAGAAGUCUGCCUGGAUCUAGUUCUUCAAGCAAGCGACCACCCCCACCACCAAAGAGUCGGCGUGGAAAAGCAAUAAAGGAUAGCACAUCUGAGUCUGGCUCCUCAAAGAAAUUCGAUAAUUUCAUCAAUUCGCUUUCACUACCACCGGCACCCGAUGCCUCUUCCAAUGUCUCUGCUAUGAAAUCGCCAUCGUCAGAGCAACGUGACUUCAGUGAGCCAUCAGGGGAUCCUCCCAUGCCCGAAGUCAGCAAGAGGGCAGCGCCACCGCCUCCUAUUACUCGUCGAAAGAGUCAACAACAGCCUAGCAAGCCGAUAUUGACCCGAAGCAGCUCUUCACGACAGUCAGUGCUGAGUGACUCCGAUCCCCCCACGAGCCCUCCGGGAACAAUGACGCCCCGAGCGCCUCCUCCACCUCCUUCACGCCGUUCAACCAGCACUGGUGAGCGUCGCCCUUCGCUCGAUCUCGCUUCCACUCCCGAGAAUAGCAGCCAGUUGGGCCAGCAGUCCGCACCAUUACAAACUCCGUCAUAUCUGAAGAGACCAAGUCAACUACCACCUCCGCCAGUGCCACCGCCUCGUAGGGGUAGAGGAUCCAGCCGUAGCUCCGUCGAUACGCAACGACCACCCAUGUCGGCCUUGGGAAUCACAGAACCCAUGGAAUUACAAGACGAUUCUGCGGAUAGACACACGAGAUUUGGGGAUAGGGAUAUUCUUGCCGAUCUUGCAGCCCUUCAGAGAGAGGUAGAUGCCGCAAGGGCUAGCGCGGGCCGGUAGCACUACCUGGUCUGUUACGACUUAUGUAUGGAUGUAUCAUGGAGCAUGAUUUGGUUAACGAGACCGUAGUAGGAUAAAUGCAACAGGGCACUAAAGUCUUCUUGCAUGGAUAGAAGAUAUGGUAUAUGCUGUGCACCCCGUACUAGGGAGUGCGAUUACGAGUACGAGUACGAGUACGAGUACGAAUACGACUUUGAAGACACAUCACGUGUAAACUCACGUAAACAGGCG